AAAUGACUAGAAGUACAAUUAAUACAGAUGAAAGUUAUAUAGCAUAUCUUACAGAACAACAAAUCGGUGAAUUAAACCAACCACCUACAGACCAUCAAUACAUUCCACACUUCUAUACAACUCGAACAGGUUUAGAAUGUCGUCGUUAUUUUUGUGAGGUUUGUGGUCCACUUGCUAAAUCUAAUUUAAAAACUGGUUCACCGAAUGUUAAAUAUACUGGAGCACUACAACGUCAAUUAGAUUGGAUUGCAGGUACUACAUUACCAGAUGCUUUAACACGAUCACAUGAAGCAAUGAUGUACUAUAGUGAUCAUAAACAUUGAGUUGUUACGCAGUAAUAACAAUCAAAAUAUGAAUGUAUGAUUGAUAUCUGUCAGUAUGAACAUAAGUGUAUCAAUUAAAUACGCAUUUUCUUCGAGUAAACACAUAAGAUUUACAGGAACAUUUACUCUGAAAAAACUUUCGAUGUAAUUUUAGUUUUAGCCUAAUUUUAUUUACAAUGCUCACAUUAAUUAUUCA